CAUCGAAGAAGAAAACGUCCGAUUGGAUAACCUCACAGAGUUCAAAGGUGACACGCAUUUUACAACAUGGCGGCCCCCUUCGAUGACAUGUUUUCGCGGUGCGGUGAUCCCGGUAAAACUGCUAACUGUGUGGAAGUCCGAUUUAUCGACAACGUCAAGGGUAAAGGACUGUUCGCCAAGAGACCGUUCAAAAAGGGCGAGACAAUCUUUACUGAGCGUCCCCUUGUGUCUGCUCAGUUCUUGUGGAAUGCUUUGUACAAGUAUAAAGCUUGUGAGUACUGUUUGCGUGCUCUGGAGACAGCAGAGGAAAACGCACGCAGGCUCAGCGCUCGGCCUGCCCUCAGCCUCCCCCACCCUGAGCUGUGUAAAGUCCGGCCUGAGCUGCACCAGGCCUGUACUCACUGCCAGAUGAUGUACUGUAGCAGCGAGUGCAGGCAGGCUGCAUGGGAUCAAUAUCACCACAUUCUGUGUCUGGGCCCUUCACAUCAAGAUAAUGAUCAUCCAAUCAACAAGCUGCAGGAUGCAUGGAGGAGUGCACACUAUCCUCCAGAAACCUCCAGCAUCAUGCUAAUGGCCAAAAUGGUUGCAGUUGUCAAGCAGGCUCAAGAUAAGGGGCACUGGCAGAGGCUGUUUUCUCACUUUUGCAGCCGUGCUGCUAACGAGCAGGAGGAAAUAGCACACAAACUGCUAGGAGAGAAGUUUCAGGACCAGCUUGCAUUGCUGCAUAACCUUUUUACCACAGCACUCUAUGACGAUCACCUGAGUCAGUGGUUCACUCCAGGUGGCUUUCGCUCUCUCUUCGCGCUUGUCGGGACCAACGGGCAGGGCAUCGGAACCAGUUCUCUUAGCCAGUGGGUUCAUGCUUGUGAUGCACUGGAGCUUCCUCACCAGCAGAGGGAGCAGCUGGAUGCCUUUAUUGACCAGUUAUACAAGGACAUUGAUAAAGAAACGGGCGACUUCCUCAACUGUGAAGGAUCCGGUCUCUUCCUUCUCCAGAGCUCAUGUAACCACAGUUGCAUACCGAACGCGGAAGCAUCCUUCCCUGACAACAACUUCCUGCUUCAUCUGAGCGCCCUGAGUGACAUCAGCCUUGGCGAGGAAAUCUGCAUCAGCUACUUGGACUGUUGCCAACGAGACAGGAGUCGUCAUAGCCGGCACAAGAUCCUGAGAGAGAACUACCUGUUCGUGUGCUCAUGUCAAAAGUGCGUGGCCCAGAUGGAUGAUACGGACGUGACCUCGGAGGAGGAGGACGAGGGGGAAGGAGAGACUGAAGGGGAUGAAAUGGAGGACGAGAUGACCGACGUGUGAUGACGUUUCGGGUCCCCCCCACCACCACCACCACCAACCAUUUCAUACCUGUCUUCUUGUGGAUAUUUACUCCUUCAUAUCAUCAUAAAGAAAAGCACUCGGCUCACCAUAACGAACCUGCAGCUCUGUUCAUGCAAUAGGAGAGUAAGCUCUUGGCUAUGCAAAGUGUUUUGUCUCACUUUUACACCUUUAAUUACCAUCACAUUAGUGGUGCCAGGAAUGCUUCCAUUUCCAUUUUUUCAGACUGAUUCAUUUUACAUUGAUAUAAAAAAAACAACAUAUUGUAACGCAUUUCAUCUAUGCACUUACAUUUUUGAUAUGUGAUGGUGUUCUAACACAGCAUGAAGUCUUUGAAAGACAAAAUCCACAUUUCAUCAGCCUUUCUGGACUGUAGACAUAACAAACCCAUGCAAUGUCUGCACCAAUAUUUUUGUUUACUUGGCCAAAAAAAAAACAGUGUCUGCUUUUGCUGAAAGGACAUAGGGUGUCUCUAACCUCCUUAAACUCACUGAAUCUGUAAGUUACUUCAGACGUCUAUUGCUCAAUCUCAUUACUACGGUGCCCUCCAGGAUUAUUGGCAUCCUUCAUAAAAAUAAACCCAAAAAAAAAAAACUUUUUGCACAGUAAAUCAAAAUUUCCACACAAACAACAGGAAGAACUAUUUACCUUUUGUUCUGACAGUAAGAAUUCUUUAAAAAAAAAAAAAAAAAGCAAACCAAUUGUUGUUCUUCAUACCCCCCCCCCCUCGUUUUAUCACAGUUCCCCAGGAAUACUGUUGUUGCCUUUAACUAUGUCGUGUUUCUGUGCAAUAAGAAUACCAAGUGUUGUUAUAUUCAUUACCUAAAAUUCCCAACCCUUAUUAUUGGGAAGAAACCAAAGAUCUAGAUAAGACGUUCAGCGUACGCCCCGACACCCCACACACCGAUGAGGAUGAUGAAGGAUCUAAUAGUAAUAUUGUGUUUACUAUGUGUUUACUUACAACAUAUAGUAAGUGUUGUGUUAUGAGAAGAAAAGCCUUCCAAACUUGUUAGAUAUUUCAGCAAGCAUCUCAGAACAGGUGUUAUAUUAAGGGUAGAGUCACUUAUUAAUUCUAAGGGUACUGAUCAUUUUGUAGACCACUACUUUAAUAUAGUUAAUACAUUUUCAUGUUGUUGAUAUAUAAACAUUUAUCUUGUGUUGUUUUUUUUUUUGUUUUGUUAUGUACGACACCGGAUGUAUGUUUCCCGUUUGUUCCGUUCCGUUCUUGAAUCAGUUUACUAAAUUAAUUUCUGCUAAUUCUAUGCUAUAAAAGUAAAUGUAAGUGAAUAACUCAUUAUAAUAUCCAGAUAGGCAUUAAGGAGUUUAUCAGCGAGACUUAACAGUAAAUAACUGCAGUUCUGCCAGUGCUGACAAUCUGAACGAGUCUGUAGUUAACAGCAGGGUUUAGCUGAUCUACAGUUAUGUUUCAGGUAUGCAGCAUUAGUUUCACUACAUUAACUGCCAAGCAGAUGCAUUUUGCCUCAGGAUUUUUUUUUUAUUUUUUGAUGUUGAGCGAGGAGUCACCACAGCAUCGCAGGAGGUAGGAAAACACCUCCGAUUGCAUUUUUCCACCUCUUGUCAUAAUCCCCCAGCAUUUAAUACAGUCAUCUUGUAUUUAUGAAAUUCGCUUUGGGAACUUUUCUCACUUGUUCUCUAUCGUGCACAGCGUUCUUGACAAAUCCUGUCAGCUUCAUCAACAUCAUGCCAGAACAAUUCAACAUCGCAAGCGGCAGAUGCUGAAUUAUCAUAACUGGAGAUCUUUGAAAUGCAAUAAUAAUCAUGUGAUGACUUGAGCGUGAUCAGUACACGAAAGGAAACGUUUCUUGAACAAUCUGGGACCACCAGUGCUUUUUAUCUUGCUGAAACCACAGACCAGAUAAUGAGUAGAUUAGCAUUUAUUAGUUCAACAUCCACCUCCUCGAGAUGUGUAUAUAUACACGCACGCGCACACUUUCUAUUUGUUCUGCCAUCAGGAUUCGAGCAGAUAAAUUCUCAGAGCCUGAGCACUGGCUUGCGAUCAGGUUUUGCUUCAGCUAUCAUAAUGAAUACGAUUUCUAUGGAUACAUCCGUAAGACAUUCAGGAAGAUGACACUUAAGGACAAAAUCUUGUGCUAUGUUAUGCAUACAAACCUCUUCAUAACAGAUGACGAUAAACUUACAGGAGCGCUUAAAAAUUUGUCAACCUGUCAUGUACGCUUGACAUAUCACCUGAGUAAAAUGAAUUAAGAUUGAUAGAAGGUUACAAUGUAAGAUUAUAUAGAAAGUGACAAUUAAUUAGAAGUUAUAUGAGUUGAUUUAGGUCUUAAGUUACCUUGACACAUCUUGUUCAUAUGGUCCACCUCCCAUUCCAUGCCAUGUAGAUCAUGUUGAUCCUCAUAAAGUCUUCAUUCCCAAUUCCAUAAAAAUAUUCUCUUUAUCUGGAGGGACCCCUGCAUCAUGAACUUUUUUUUCUUCAGUAGAAUAGUAGCAGAAUCAGGGCAGUUAAUCAUUAACAUAUGUUAGGCUAGUUUAAAAAUUUGACAAAGCGAGAUAUUUUACAGUAAGUAAUAAUGCAGACAACGUGCCUGUGGUGUACAGAACCGUUUCUAGCUUCAUGUUUACAGAGAGCUUUAAGUAGCCACUUAAAUGCGUCCAAAGUAGCUAAAGUAAGCAAGUCAAUUAAUAUUAACUGUAAACAAUGUAUGCAUUCAUAAAGCGACACACUGGGAGAUAUUUAAGCAAUAUGACAAAAGCAAGAGUGCAGGUUUACAGAAUAUUAGCGCAACCUUGAUUCGCCAUAGAUAAUCCUGGCCGUGGCCAUAUUGUGUAUAACUGCCCAGUUGUGAGUACAAUAUUGCUUUUAUUUAACAGUUGUUUAAUCAAGAAAUGAAUAUUGAGUCAGUGAAAUUCUGGAAACAAUAUGGCUAAAAUUAGAAAUAGAUAUAUUUCUAAUAAUAGAUACAUUUUCUAUCUAGCUUUCUGUCCACUCUUUAUCAUCUUUAACUAACAAGCUUUCUUUUUUCAAUCCAUUACAUAUAGUUUGCCAUAUCUAGUCAUGAUUUCUUUCACACCACUUUAGCAACUGUUUAUAACUAGGAAGUGGAAUUCUAAAUGGCGAACAUAAAUGAGCAGAGUGAUUUACAGUGAAAAGCCUCACUGAGGUUAUAGGAAAUAUAGGCACUCCCUAAAACCAUUCAACCAAUUAAGUUAGUGAACUGGAGUUAACUGUUGUAUAAGAUAUAUUACAAAUACUGAGUGAAGAAAAGGUGGAUUUUAGGUGGAUGUAGUAGCCCAUCUGCUGUAUUGAUUCCAUUUAGAUGAAGGUACACCUGAAACCACUAAAACGAGCUGCUAGGACGUAUGCUGUAUGACUGUAUGUUGUCAUGCGUCUACUCCCUAUUACAUUCUUACUCAACGCAUUCAUUAGGUAGUUUCCUUUAGCACAAGUCAUGUGUGACAGAACCUUGACCAUUUUGUUUUUAAUGUCGUCCUGCCCCACUAAAAUAUGUGGUCAUAAGCCUUUGCUGACUUGACAUCAAAACGGACAGAUGGUGCCUGUUGAAAUAAGCUUUGAAAAAGGCUUCUAUUAGAUGUCACAACCUGUUUACAGAAGAACAAGAGUUACUUUAGCCAUGUGACGCCCGAUUACUUUUAUCUUUACAUAUCUAUCGUUUUUUUUUUAAAUAAAAAAUGUUUUUCAAAUUUAGAGAAAAAUGACAAAAAUAUUUGCUAAAUGAUUAUAAAAUGUGGCCACACAAUUUCCACAAUAAUAACACGCUAUUACACAGAAAUAUUGAGAAGAAAGGUGCACAACAUUAUAGUUUGUCUCAAUGGGUUAAGAAUGGUUUUUUUUUAUUUAUUUAUUUAUUUUAAAAAAUUUUUUGCUUUGCUUUUAAAAAAAUGUUAGAAAGGAAGUUCUGACUUUCCAUGUACAUAUUCAGUACAUGCUGCAUCUGCAAACAAGGUCUUGGCUAAAAGCCGUUGAUUGUUAUUUCUGGCGAAUGGGAGUGAAAUGUGAGCCCAACAUCCUGUAAGAGGACAAAAUUGGAAAAGAUAUGAAGGAGGAAGUAUGGACACCUGGGGCCGUGUCUGAGAGGAAUAACCUCUGAGCUCAGGCCAACAGAGUUGCACUGGCAGAAACUGCCUGCUGUGAAUGCAGCCAACACAACGGCUUCCCUUCAACAUGGCCACAUGGCCGCGUUAGAGAGGUCGAAGUGCCUGCCCUGGGAGGAAAGAGCCCUAUAGAGAUGCCUGAUUGAAGAUGGUGGAGGGGGAGGUCUACAUGCACACAACUAGAAUGAAGCACAGUUGUAAUGACUGAGAAAAAGGAGCUUUUAUUAUAUCAAACUGAGGCCAUGAGGAAUCCACAUUCACAUUUGCAAAUGAACGCUGAGUGUUAAAUGGCAGCAACGAAAACAAAGGCAUGUUAUGAUCAUCGCAAACACACGCAGGGCAAAUGAAAGAACCCAAUUUGCAUCUUGUGAUUAAAAAGGUUGGGAUGAUGUUUAAGCAUAUUUGACAUUCAGAGGUGAAACUUGACUGCAUUUAGGAAAGAGAGCAAUUCUGACUUAAUAUUUGGUUGUUUACAGUUUGUCACAAUGUUAAUAGCUCUCAUUUGAGCGCUCCAGUUGAUUUGCACACAGCAUGUUUGCGUUUUUUGCAAUUACUUAUUUCUGCAUUAGCUCUUGUCAUUCAGUCCAUGGUUCACUGAAACAACACCAAUAAAGACAACUGCAAAACUA